CAAAGUUGUUACGCCCUCUGCCUUUUAUGAUGCAACAGCACAUCUACCAAUCAUGUGCACACGCAAUAGCGCUUUCAACAGGAGAUGGCAGCAUUAUCAUGCUUAGAGAUUAAGGAUGCGCCACUGCUGCUACAAAAACGAAGGAAGCGUGUGGAAUGGAGCUUCAAAUACAAUAUUCAAGAUCAAACCGAACAACUACACCAACAUCCAAGUGAAGCUUGUGGAAUGGAGCUUCAAAUACAAUAUUCAAGAUCAACCGAAAAACUACACCAACAUCCAAGUGAAGAUAAGAGCAUUCCCCGGACAAUCAGCCAGAAGGCUGGUCACAAGGAAGCUAGGGGUCUCAGCAAGCCAUGUUUCGGUCACAUUCAAGAUCGGAGCCACAAUAGACCGGGAAUUGUGGCGAGUUCUCCAGAGGGUCACCAGCUCCAAACAGUCUACCUCUAUUAUCACAUGCAGGAAGCCUCGAAGCGUGGCAAAGCGAACUCCUUCCCGCAGCGAAAAAGCCUCAAUGAUCAGGGGAUCAGUCGACACCCCUAAAUAUGGUUUACUCCAUGCUCCCAGAAACGCAGUAGACGAACGGGCGACUCCACCUGCACCCCCUCGUCCUUCUACCAAGUUCAGCGCUCCAUCCGUGGUGAUUUUAACAACACCCGCAUCGGGUGAUCGCCAUCCAAAGCCCGGCAGGACCAAAGCCUCCUUCCUAGGAAGCUGUAACAGAGCUAUCACUUCUUUUGUUGCUCGAAUGGUUGCGACUGGAUCUCGUCCUGUCUCCCCAUGUUUAAUCCGAUUUCUGGAAUGCCAUAUAGACCACAUAAUAGUUGUGAUCUUUGCCCGGUCAUCCGCAGUGAAAUUUGGGUUACAUGUGAUAUCACGUGCCCAUGAAUCCUGAGAGAGGUUUGGUAGUCGGAGAUUGAACCAUGCACAUGCCUCCUCCCAGAAUGGACGAGCAUGUGGGCAGGAGAUGAGAUCAUGUUGCAGGUCUUCUUCACCAGACCCACACACUUUGCAGCUACUGAUGUCCACAAUAUGACGAUACUUGAGCGUACUUUCAUCAGGCAAUAUCCCCCUAAGCACUCUCCACCAGAACACUCUAACUUUUGGAAUCACAUUUAGUUUCCAAAGGGCUUUCCACAUCUGCUUUUCAGUCUCUGAGGUCUCGGUAGCCGUCCCUUCUUCUAGAGCGAAACGCUCUUUCUGAGUCACUAGAGCACGGUAUGCCGUCUUUACAGUGUAGUUACCCGAUCUAUCAAAAGCCCACGCAAGGAAAUCAUGUCCCCCUCCUUGCCGAAUAGGUAUGUUCAAAAUGGCAGCAGCAUCGGAGGCAACAAACGUAUCCUGAAUCAAAUCCCGUCGCCACGUCCAGUUAACUGUAUCUACCAAAUCAGACACCUUCUCUACACCUGUGUUUGAUGGUCUCGAGGUAGGAGUCAUAGUGAUGGUACCUGGAAUCCACUUAUCAGACCACACGGAAUCCACUUAUCAGACCACACCGAUAUGGUAGAGCCAUCUCCUACUCGUGUAAUUAGACCAACUUUAAGGGCAUCUCUUCCCGCAAUAAUGGUCCUCCAAGUAGUCGAAGCCGUCUUUGGUGCCGUUGCUUGCAUGAAAUCAGUAUCUGGGAAAUAUCGCCCCUUUAGAACUCUUGCACACAAGGAAUUUGGGUUUGUUAAAAACCGCCAUCCAUGUUUGCCCAACAUAGCAAGAUUAAACUGCUGCAAAUCUCUGAAACCCAUACCCCCAUUACACUUGGGUGUCGCUAACUCUUUCCAAGAAAUCCAGUGCAUCGAUCUUUUGUCAAGAGAACUACUCCAAAAGUAUUUCGCCAUGGGAGAAGUUAAACUCUUGCGAACCUUCUUAUUUAACAAAAAGUACUCAUUGGGUACGUAGGAAUAGCUUGUAUGACUGAUUUCAAAAGUGUCUCACGUCCAGCACAGGCUAAAAGCUUCUUCGACCACCCUUGAAUUUUACCACGAGCUCUUUCUCCCAAAUGAUCAAAAGUCCCGCUUGUGAUGCGCCCCACCGC